AUGGUGCGUCUGAGGGAAAUCCCAAGGACGGCCACCUUCGCCUGGUCUCCCGGCGCUGCAUCCCCAUUGAUCGCCACCGGAACUCGCGCUGGAGCCGUUGACGCCGACUUUUCGAACAAGACAUGCCUUGAGCUUUGGGAUCUCGAUCUUGACCGCGCAGAUGCGAGCGAAGAGCUGCACCCUCUAGCCAAGAUCGACACAGACUCCGGCUUCAAUGACUUGGCAUGGACUACAUCCGAAGAUAACCAGCGCGGUGUGAUUGCGGGUGGUCUGGAGAAUGGCUCCUUGGACCUGUGGGACGCCGAUAAGCUCCUUGCUGGAUCUAGCGAUGCUUUGAUCUCAAGAACAACCAAGCACAGCGGUGCCAUCAAGGCACUUCAGUUCAACCCCAAGCACCCGAAUCUUUUGGCAACAAGUGGUUCAAAGGGAGAGCUAUUCAUCUGGGAUUUGAACGACAUCGAGAACCCCUAUAGAUUGGGCAACAACGCGGCCCGCACCGAUGACAUCGACUGCUUGGCGUGGAACAAGAAGGUCCCUCAUAUUUUGGUCACCGGUAGCAGCGCUGGAUUCGUGACAGUCUGGGAUGUCAAGACGAAGAAGGAGAGUCUCACGCUAAACAAUAAGGGCCGCAAAGCCGUCAGCGCAGUCGCAUGGGAUCCCGCGAGGCCCACAAAGCUCAUUACCUCAACACCCCUCGAGUCGGACCCAGUCCUUUAUGUUUGGGAUCUGCGUAAUUCCCACGAGCCGGAGCGGGUACUAGCAGGACACGAGUCAGGUGUGCUUUCACUGUCAUGGUGUGACCACGACCCGGAUCUUCUUUUGUCAUCUGGAAAGGACAACCGCAACAUCUGUUGGAAUCCUCAAACCGGUCAAGCGUAUGGCGAGUUCCCUGUUGUCACCAACUGGACUUUCCAGACCCGCUGGAACCCCCACAACCCCAACUUCUUCGCCACCGCAUCCUUUGACGGAAAGAUCUGUAUCCAGACUCUGCAGAACACCAAGACCGAUAACUCUCAGGCCAUCGCCGAUCACAACCAGUCCCUGGAUGGUGAAGACUUCUUUGCCAAGGCUCAGACUCAACCCCAAGUAUCCAAGUUCUCCCUUCCCAAGGCCCCUCGCUGGCUUGAGCGGCCAUGUGGUGUCACCUUUGGUUUCGGCGGCCGCGUGGUCUCAUUUGGCACUGCCACGGACUCCCGUGUGUCCAAAAUCAAGAUCACACCUUUCGAGGUCGAUGAGACUGUUGGUAAUGCCACAGAGAGUUUCGAGACCGCCCUGAAAGAGGGUGAUAUUCGAACCCUGUGUGAGACGAGAGCCUCAGAUGCUACCAGCGAGGCCGAGAAGGCAGACUGGAAGGUCAUGCAGGCUUUGAUCUCCCAGAACCCUCGCAAGGACUUGGUGGAAUAUUUGGGCUUCAGUGACCAGGCUGAUGAAGCUGCCGACAGCCUUGCCAAGCUUGGAUUGGACAAGAAGGAGGACGAGGAGCCUGCCGCUGUGGCUGCCAAACCAGCUGGUGCCAAGAAGCACAAGCGUCUGCAAUCCAUGUUUGACCCCAAUCCUGAAGGCGACAGCUUCUUGUCAGAGCUCGCUGCCUCGAAGGGUGCUCAAAACAACAGCCCAUUCCAUAUCUUUAAUGGCUCAGAGAGCGGAGCCGAGCAGCAGAUUACUCGCUCCUUGCUGCUUGGUGAAUUUGAAAAGGCUCUGGAUGUUGCUAUCCGCGAGGACAAGAUGGCUGAUGCCUUCAUGAUUGCUAUCUGUGGUGGCCCUAAGUGUGUUGAGAAGGCUCAGGCGUACUAUUUCUCCAAGCAGUCCGGUGGACCGAACUACAUGCGCUUGCUCGCUUCAAUUGUGGGCAAGAACCUCUGGGAUGUAGUCCACAACGCCGACUUGUCCAACUGGAAGGAAGUCAUGGCGGCAUUGUGCACAUUUGCCGACGAGAAAGAAUUCCCUGACCUUUGCGAUGCUCUUGGUGACCGUCUGCAGGAAGAGAUCCAGUCUCGUGAUGACAAGAGCGGUCGCAAGGACGCUUCUUUCUGUUUCCUCGUUGGCUCCAAACUUGAGAAGGUUGUUGCCAUCUGGGUUGAGGAACUUCACGAGAACGAGCAGAAGGGAAUUGAAAACAAGACCGACAACUCUUCAUUCUCUGUCCAUGUCCGUGCUCUGCAGGGCUUGAUCGAGAAGGUCACCAUUUUCCGUCAAGUUACUAAGUUCCAGGAUACCGAACGCACCAAGGACUCAGAGUGGAGCCUAAGUGUUCUAUAUGACAAAUACAUUGAAUACGCCGAUGUGGUUGCAGGCCAUGGACGCCUGCAAAUCGCUCAGAAAUAUCUCGACCUUGUGCCUGAGAAACACCCCGAGGCUGAGCUGGCUCGCAACCGCAUCAAGCUUGCCACUCGUCAGCCAACCCAGCAGGCGCAGCCCGCUGCCGGAGCCAAGAGUGCCUAUAAGCCCCUCCCGCAACAGCCCAACGUGUACCAGCCGCAAUCAGCAUUUACUCCAGUGCCUGCUGCGAACCCUGUUGCUCCCCCCAAUGCUUUCGCGCCUCCUGCGCCCGUUGCGCCCGCCCAGGCCAGCCCCUACGCUCCUCAGAACACUGCCCAAUCUGUCAGCCCAUACGCUGCCCUUUCCAGCGCAGGCCCGUACGCCCCUACAACUGGGUACCAGCCAACUGCAGGCAUGAGAGCUCCCAACUAUGGCCCGCCUUCUGCCUUUGGCGGACAGCCAGCUGGCGCUGGUGUACCUCCCCCUCCUCGUGCAUCUGGUAACCAAUCACCCGCCAACCCCAUCACGACUUACACCACGGCCACCGGUCUGCCAGCCUGGAACGAUCUGCCAGAAGGCUUUGCCAAGGCUCCCGCACCUCGUCGCGCAACCCCUGCUGCCGCCACCGGGCCCAUUGCUUCUCCUUUCCCCAACCAGUCGCCGACCCUGCCACAAGGGCCCCCCCCCGUUGGGGCUCCUCGAGCUCCGUCCGUGCCUCCCCCACCUAAGGCGGGUAGCGUGCCUCCCCCGCGUAUGAUGUCGCCGCCGUCUGGCAGCCCAGCUGUGUCUAACAUUCCUGGCCCUUCCCCGCCGCCGCCGGCCAACCCUUAUGCGUCUUUCACUCAGUCACCGCCUGUGGGUUCAGGGAACAUGGCGCCCCCAGCGUCCAUCCCUCGAGGAGCUUCGCCAUACAAUGCUCCUCCCAGCAUACCCCCUCCCACAAACCGGUACACCCCGAGCCCGGCAGCCCAGGCCGCAGCCAACCCGCAACUGCAAUCCCGUGGACCUGUGCCCCCUCCUCCCCAGGCGGCUGCUUCGCCAUAUGCGCCGCAGGCGGUAUCCCAGCCUCCUGUGAAUCCAUACGCACCUACCACUCCCAUCACGACCCAGCCUCCGCCCAUGGCCUCUCAAGCUGUCGCUCCUCCCCCACCACAGGGAUCUCGGCCUGGCACAGCUCAGUCGCAGAGGCCCCCUCCUGCUGCCCCCAAAUACCCUCCCGGUGACCGUUCUCACAUCCCCGCUAACGCUCAACCUGUCUUUGAGAUUCUCUCGGCGGACAUGGAGCGCGUUAAGGGCCGAGCUCCUGCAGCAUUCAAGCAGCAAGUUGAUGAUGCCGAGCGCCGCUUGAGCAUUCUCUUUGACCACUUGAACAACGAGGACCUUCUCAAGCCCAACACCGUGGAAGAUAUGGCGAACCUGGCUCGUGCGAUUCAAGCUCGUGACUAUGCUACCGCUACUUCAAUUCACGUCGCGAUCAUGACCAACCAGAAUGACGAGUGUGGUAACUGGAUGGUUGGUGUCAAGCGCCUUAUCAGCAUGAGCCGUGCUACCCCAUAA